GUCGGCCACAAACGCGGCAGCAGCUGUUGUCCCCGGUUGGUGCAGGUGCACGUGGUUGCCAACCCUCGAUCGAAAAACGGAGGCGGAAAUGCGAUUCCUUCGCCCGAUUCGGGGAGUGGAAAAACUGUGGCGCGCUUUCGCGUGUAUGAACACGCGCGGCAGUCACGUGUUCCGGUUGAAGUCGCUGGUCGAAGAGAGCGGAGCUGCAGCUGCGACGGAGGCUGCAGGGAAACCGAAAGCCAUCUCGCUGCUCCAUUCAGGUACGAGAUACCACAUGGCCUCUCGAUACCUACUUCGAGGCAUACAAGAUGACCACGAAGGACGAUCAAGGCUUAUUCCCAUAUCCAGUACGAAACCUCAAAUUCUUUCGACAUUAUAGAGAGAAGCAUGUACAUCGAUACUUAACUAUAUAUCGUAAUAUAUCGAUAUUCCUAUACAUCAAUUUUAACCUUUCUUCUUCUUAAAUA